CUUGCCACAGUUGUUCAGUGAGCCACGGCAGUUGUUAAAUUAGUAACACAUUUGUUGAGUGAGUCUGGCAUCCCCAUUGCCUUUGUCAGAAUGUUACAAAAGGUGAUCACAUGACACUGGGGCAUUGCAAAACUGUUAUAGUUAGUAUGAGUCAGUUGUCAGGCAUCCAAAUUUUGAUCACGUGACCAUGAGCGGGGAUGCUGCAAUGGUUAUAAGUGUGAAAAAUGGUCGUAAGUCACUUUUUUUCAGUGUGGUUGUAACUUUGAAGGGUUAGCAAACUGCUGUAAGUCGAGGCCUAUCUGUAUUUUAAGAUGCAGCUGCCGCCCCAGGAACAAGCCUCUGUCAAGAUUUAACUAGCAAUUUUGGUCCAUUGGAAACAAAACAAAAGAGCGCCCAAAGAUUGUGGCACAGUACUUUUAGGGCUGAUUCUGAAAAAAAUAAAUAAAUGGCAGAAUGCUGCUUUAGAUAGCCUAAGGCUGGCUGGUUAUCGGAAAUCCAGGCAGAGAUUGUGGUAUUUCUCAGCAGGAGAUAAAGGUUGCUUUGCAAACUUUAAGCCAGUCUUCAACAACAGAGUCUUGCUGUGAAUUCCAUUGGACUAUGAUGGCUCAAGCAGAUUCAGAUAUCAUGGAAGAGGAAUCACUAAAGAAGGAUUUAAAGUUCUACUUUAUGAAUCCUUGUGAAAAAUACAGAGCUAGAGGCCAGAUACCAUGGAAACUGGGGCUUCAGAUUCUGAAGAUAGUUAUGGUUACUACCCAGCUCAUCCUUUUUGGUUUGAGUAAUCAGUUGGUGGUUUCCUUUAAAGAGGAGAAUACUAUAGCUUUUAAGCACCUGUUUCUGAAAAACUACGCUGGGGUCGAUGAAGAUGACUACAGUUGCAGUGUGUACACACAGCAAGAUGUCUACAAUAGCAUCUUUUUUGCAAUUAGUCAGUACCAACAACUGAAGAAUAUAUCACUGGGCACACUUGGUUAUGAGCAAGAUGAAGAUGACAUGGCUGGCUUACAGAUAUGUAAGCAACAAUAUAAGAAAGGCACAAUGCUUUCUUCUAAUGAUACUUUGCACAUAGACAGUACUAUCGAAACAGAAUGCAUUCAUUUGAAACCUCAGGAUCUGUCCACUAAGGAUAUAAGUGACUUAAAGAAUUCAACCUUUUUCAACCUUGAGUUCUAUAGGCUCAUACAGGUUGAAAUUUAUUUUAAACUAAAAGGCAUUGAUCUGCAGACUAUUCAUACUCGUGAACUACCUGACUGUUACGAAUUUGAAAAUACUAUUACUUUUAACAAUAUGGCUCACAGUGGUAAAAUGAAAAUAUAUUUUGAUACUGACGCUGACAUUCAAGAAUGUAAAGAGUGGAAUAUAUCUGGCUCUCUAGUUCAAAAGAACACACAGUAUAUCUUGGUUUUUGAUGGGCUUGUUAUAGUGAGCUGUUUUGCUUCCCUGAUUCUCUGCACACGAUCUAUUAUUCUUGCUCUAAGAUUGCAGAAAAGAUUUGUGAAUUUUUUCCUGGAGAAGUAUAAACGUCAUGUAUGCAGUACAGAUCGUUUAGAGUUCAUAAAUGGAUGGUAUGUUCUGGUGAUCAUCAGUGACAUAAUGACUAUCAUUGGCUCAAUAAUGAAGAUGGAAAUAAAAGCAAAGAAUCUGACAAGCUAUGAUGUUUGCAGCAUUUUUCUUGGAACGUCCACUCUAUUUGUUUGGGUUGGAGUCAUUCGAUAUUUGGGCUACUUCCAAACCUACAAUGUACUCAUUUUAACAAUGCAAGCAUCUUUACCCAAAGUUCUCAGAUUCUGUUGUUGUGCUGGCAUGAUAUACCUUGGAUACACUUUCUGUGGCUGGAUUGUUCUAGGACCUUAUCAUGAAAAGUUUGAAGAUAUGAACACCGUAGCAGAAUGUCUUUUUUCUUUAGUCAAUGGUGAUGACAUGUUUGCUACAUUUGCUCAGAUCCAGCAGAAGAGUACCAUAGUCUGGUUAUUCAGUCGAUUAUACCUGUAUUCCUUCAUUAGCCUCUUUAUAUAUAUGAUACUCAGCCUCUUUAUUGCCCUCAUUACAGAUGCGUAUGACACCAUAAAGAAAUAUCAACAAACUGGGGUCCCAGUUACAGAUCUUCAUGAAUUUCUAAAAAAAUCCAACAAUGAAAAUUAUGGCCUAGGACAGCAGACAUCCAUGAACAUCUGUUGCUGUACGAGGCGGAAAAGCGACAAUAACCUUUUACUGAUUAAUUAAAAAUGGUUGGCAUGGCCCAAAUUAUCAACAAACUGCUGGAAGCUGGCCAUCUUGACUUUAUUGGAAACACUGUGUGUUCAAGUGUUUUCCACAAAUUCAUGAUCUUAAUGUAGUUCAAGGAAAAAAGCAGCAGGUUUUUUUGCAGUCAACAACGGGAAGAUCAAAAUUUGUAGUACAAGUGUUGGAUGAACAAUUUAUAAAUUAAUUGCAAUAGCUGAUCUUAAGAAGAACAUGCAGUGGGUUCUUGAAUCUUAAGUAAUUUUUACACGCUUUUCAAUUGUAACUUGCUUUCUAAAUAUUUUUAUAUUAAAGUAUUUAAAUAAGACCUGC